AUGGUGCUGUCCCAUGAGCCCUCGGUAAGAUCAGUGAGAGAGAAAGGUGAGGCUCUCCUGGAGCUCGUGCAGGAUGUCACUUUAAAGGAUGAAGUAGAUAAACUUCAGAGUGAUUACAAGGACCUCUGCGGUGCAGGAAAGGAGCACGUCUGCAGCCUCGAGGCAAAAGUCAAAGAUCACGAAGAUUAUAACAGUGACCUCCAAGAAGUAGAAAAGUGGCUGCUGCAGAUGUCAGGCAGGUUGGUGGUGCCCGACUUCAUGGAGACAAGCAGUCUCGAGACAAUUACUCAGCAACUGGCCCACCACAAGGCAAUGAUGGAAGAAAUUGCUGGUUUUGAAGACCGCUUGAACAACCUUAAAAUUAAAGGCGACAAUUUGAUCAGCCAGUGUGCAGACCACCUUCAAGCAAAACUAAAACAAAAUGUGCACGCUCAUCUGCAGGGCACAAAAGAUAGUUACUCGGCUAUCUGCAGUACAGCUCAGAGGGUGUACCAGAGUUUGGAACAUGAACUUCAGAAGCAUGUUAGCCGACAGGACACUCUGCAGCAGUGCCAGGCCUGGCUCUCUGCAGUCCAGCCGGAUCUAAAGCCAAGCCAGCACCCACCUCUUAGCAGGGCAGAAGCCAUGAAGCAGUUCAAACACUUCAGAGCUUUGCAGGAACAGGCAAGGACUUACUUAGAUCUCCUCUGCUCCAUGUGUGACUUGUCAAACUCUUCCGUGAAAACCACAGCAAAAGACAUUCAACAAACAGAGCAAAUGAUUGAACAGAGGCUUGCCCAGGCACAGAACUUAACUCAGGGCUGGGGAGAGAUCAAGCACAUGAAGGCUGAGCUUUGGAUUUACCUCCAGGAUGCUGAUCAGCAACUACAGAAUAUGAAGAGAAGACACUCAGAACUGGAGCUCAACAUUGCACAGAACAUGGUUUCCCAAGUGAAGGAUUUUGUUAAGAAGCUACAGUGCAAACAGGCAUCAGUGGCUGCUAUUACAGAAAGGGUGAAUAAGUUAACCAAGAAGCAGGAGUCUCCUGAACACAAGGAAAUAAGUCACUUAAAUGACCAGUGGUUAGAUCUGUGUCUUCAGUCUAACAAUCUGUGCUUGCAAAGGGAAGAAGAUCUUCAGAGAACAAGAGAUUACCAUGACUGUAUGAAUGUUGUUGAAGUGUUCUUAGAAAAAUUUACUACAGAAUGGGAUAACUUAGCCAGAUCUGAUGCAGAGAGUACAGCUGUCCAUCUAGAAGCUUUGAAAAAGUUAGCCCUAGCUCUGCAGGAGAGAAAGCAGGCUAUUGAGGAUCUGAAAGAUCAAAAGCAAAAAAUGAUAGAACAUCUGAAUUUAGAUGACAAAGAAUUAGUCAAAGAACAGACAAGUCACCUUGAACAACGUUGGUUUCAGCUCGAGGACCUUGUUAAAAGGAAAAUCCAAGUGUCAGUCACCAACCUGGAGGAGUUAAAUGUGGUGCAGUCCAGGUUUCAGGAGCUGAUGGAGUGGGCAGAAGAACAACAGCCCAACAUUGCUGAGGCCCUGAAGCAGAGCCCCCCACCAGAUAUGGCUCAGAACCUCCUUAUGGAUCACCUCGCCAUUUGCAGUGAACUGGAGGCCAAACAGAUGCUCCUGAAAUCACUCAUAAAGGAUGCUGACAGGGUGAUGACCAAUCUUGGCCUAAAUGAGCGGCAGAUAAUCCAGAAGGCACUCUCUGAUGCACAGAGACAUGUGAAUUGUCUCAGCGACUUAGUGGGCCAGAGACGAAAGUACUUAAACAAGGCCUUGUCCGAGAAAGCCCAGUUCCUCAUGGCGGUAUUCCAGGCAACCAGCCAAAUUCAGCAACAUGAGCGAAAGAUAAUGUUCCGUGAGCACAUUUGCCUGUUACCCGAUGAUGUGAGCAAACAAGUUAAGACAUGUAAGAGUGCGCAAGCCAGCCUCAAGACUUACCAGAAUGAAGUCACUGGACUUUGGGCUCAGGGUCGUGAAUUAAUGAAAGGAGCCACAGAGCAGGAAAAGAGUGAAGUACUAGGUAAGCUUCAGGAAUUGCAGAGCAUCUAUGACACCGUUUUACAAAAGUGUAGCCAUCGGCUACAAGAACUAGAGAAAAAUUUAGUUUCUAGGAAACAUUUUAAGGAAGAUUUUGAUAAGGCUUGUCAUUGGCUAAAACAAGCAGAUAUUAUUACGUUUCCUGAAAUCAACCUAAUGAAUGAGAGUCCUGAGCUUCAUACACAACUAGCCAAAUACCAACACAUUCUUGAACAAUCUCCAGAAUAUGAGAAUCUCCUGCUUACACUACAGAGAACUGGGCAGGCCAUAUUGCCAUCGCUGAAUGAAGUCGAUCAUUCCUACCUCAAUGAGAAGCUAAAUGCUCUGCCCCUGCAAUUUAAUGUAAUUGUUGCGUUGGCUAAAGACAAGUUCUAUAAAGUCCAAGAAGCAAUUCUUACUCGGAAAGAGUAUGCUUCCUUGAUCGAAUUGACAGUCCAGUCUCUGAGUGAACUUGAAGAUCAGUUCUUAAAGAUGAGCAAAGUCCCCGCUGACCUGAGAGUUGAAGAGGCUCUAUCUCUUCAGGAAGGUUGCAGAUCCCUUUUGGGAGAGGUGGCAGGCCUUGGGGAAGCAGUGGAUGAACUGAACCAGAAGAAAGAAAGUUUUAGAAGCACAGGUCAGCCUUGGCAGCCAGACAAGAUGCUGCAACUUGUCACCUUGUACCACAGGCUGAAGCGACAAACAGAACAAAGGGUUAGCUUACUAGAAGAUACCACCAGUGCUUAUCAAGAGCAUGAAAAGAUGUGCCACCAGCUAGAAAAACAACUAGAGGCUGUGAAAACAGAGCAGUCCAAAGUGAAUGAGGAGACCCUUCCUGCAGAGGAGAAGCUCAAAAUGUAUCACUCCCUGGCAGGAAGUCUUCAGGAUUCAGGAAUUGUACUAAAACAAGUCACCGUGCAUCUUGAAGAUCUGGUUCCACACCUUGAUCCCUUGGCUUAUGAGAAAGCCAAGCAACAGAUCCAGUCCUGGCAAGAGGAGUUAAAACUGUUGACUUCUGCCAUUGGCACAACAGUGACAGAGUGUGAGAGCCGCAUGGUGCAGAGUAUAGACUUCCAGACAGAGCUGAGCCGCUCCCUGGACUGGCUGAGGAGUGUGAAGGCAGAGCUAAGUGGGCUGGUGUGCCUGGACCUGAGCCUACAGGACAUCCAGGAGGAGAUCAGAAAGAUCCAAAUUCAUCAGGAAGAGGUACAGUCCAGCCUGAGAAUAAUGAAUGCCCUGAGUAACAAGGAGAAGGAGAAAUUCACAAAAGCCAAAGAGCUGAUUUCUGCCGAUUUACAGCACACUCUUGCUGAGCUCUCAGAGCUGGAUGGAGAUGUUCAGGAAGCUUUACGCACCAGACAGGCUGCCUUAACUCAAAUAUAUAGUCAAUGUCAAAGGUACUAUCAAGUAUCUCAAGCAGCUAACGACUGGCUUGAGGAUGCUCAUGAAAUGUUACAACUGGCAGGCAAUGGUCUAGACGUGGAGAAUGCAGAGGAAAAUCUCAAAAGCCACAUGGAAUUUUUUAGUACAGAAGAUCAGUUCCACAGCAAUCUGGAAGAGCUCCAAGGCCUGGUAGCCAGCUUGGACCCACUCCUCAAGCCAACUGGAAAAGAGGACCUAGCACAGAAAAUGGCUUCCCUGGAAGAGAAGAGCCAGAGGAUAAUACAGGACUCCCAUGCCCAGUUAGAUCUCUUGCAGAGAUGUGCUGCUCAAUGGCAGGAUUAUCAAAAAGCAAGGGAAGAGGUUAUCACACUGAUGAAUGAUGCAGAAAAGAAAUUGUCUGAGUUUUCUUUAUCGAAAACUUCUUCCAGUCAUGAAGCAGAAGAAAGACUGUCAGAACACAAGUCUUUAGUGUCAGUAGUUAAUUCUUUCCAUGAGAAAGUUGUGGCCCUUGAGGAUAAAACUUCACAACUGGAAAAAACUGGAAAUGACGCAAGCAAAGCAGCCCUAAGCAGGUCGAUGACUACUGUCUGGCAGCGCUGGACACGUCUCGGUGCUGUGGCUCAGGACCAGGAGAAGAUACUGGAAGAUGCAGUAGAUGAGUGGAAAAGCCUUAACACUAAGGUUACAAAAGCCAGGGAAAUGAUUGAUCAGCUGCAAGAUAAAUUACCGGACAGUUCUGCAGAGAAAGCCUCAAAAGCAGAACUCUUCACUCUUCUUGACCAUCAUGACACACUCGUUCUGGAGCUGGACCAGCAGCAGCUGGCCUUAGGUCUGCUGCAGCAGCAAGCACUGAGCAUGCUCCAGGAUGGAGCCACGCCGUCCCCUGGAGAAGAACCAUCUAUUGUCCAGGAAAUCAUGGCAAUGCAAGAUAGGUGCCUGAACAUGCAGGACAAAGUGAAGAGUAACGGAAAGGUGGUAAAGCAAGAGCUAAAGGAGCGAGAAGUUGUGGAGACUCAAAUCAAUUCGGUGAAAUCUUGGGUUCAGGAAACAAAGGAAUAUUUGGGGAAUCCAACAAUAGAAAUAGAUGCUCAACUUGAAGAACUUCAGAUUCUCCUAACAGAAGUCACAAAUCACCGACAGAACAUUGAGAAAAUGACUGAAGAGCAGAAGAAUAAGUACCUGGGUCUUUACUCCAUCUUACCUUCUGAACUGUCCCUUCAGUUAGCUGAGGUGGCACUGGACCUGGGAACUAUCCAUGAUCAGAUCCAGGACAAAGUAAGAGAAGUUGAACAGAGCAAGACCAUGAGCCAGGAAUUCAGCCGGCAAAUUCAGAAGAUAGCCAAAGAUCUCACAACUAUUCUGAGUAAGCUGAGAACAAAGACAGAUAAUUUAGCUCAAGCUAAAAAUGACCAAAAGGUGCUAGGAGAGGAAUUAGAUGGCUGUCAUUUAAAAUUAAUAGAACUAGAUGCAGCAGUACAGAAAUUCGCAGAACAGAAUGGCCAACUGGGUAAACCACUGGCCAAGAAGAUAGGAAAACUGACUGAACUCCACCAGCAGACCAUUAGGCAGGCUGAAAAUCGGCUCUCCAAGCUCGGUCAGGCAGCAUCACAUUUAGAAGAAUACAAUGAAAUGCUUGAAUUCAUUUUGAAGUGGAUUGAGAAAGCUAAAGUGUUGGUACAUGGAAAGAUUACAUGGAAUUCGGCACACCAACUUCGAGAACAAUACAUUUUACAUCAGGUAACUUUGGGAAAAAACGUUUUCAAAGAGUAA